AUGCGGAGAAUAAAACCGCCAAACUUCCCGACACUCAGUGCGCCGGAGUCAAACAGGACCUAUGACAAAGCAGCAUUAUUUGGGGCGUGUGAUUGCGUCACAUCCGGAGAUGCACUAUUUCGAUGUAUUACAAAAAUGGCGGCGCUCAUUACAGCAAGAAGCUCUGUCGCGUUUAUAAGACGCUCGGUCUCUGUUCAGCUUCUACACAAGUGUUUUUACUCCAAACUCCAGACACCUUCUGUACCACGCAUACACCAUGUAUACUCCAACAAAGCUUUGCAUCAGCGCAGGUUUUUCCACACCAGUUAUGCUGCAGCAGGACCAAUUUUACAGUUCAAGCUGUCAGAUAUUGGAGAAGGAAUCAUGGAGGUGACUGUAAAAGAAUGGUAUGUGAAGGAAGGCGAUCGAGUGUCCCAAUUCGACAGCAUCUGUGAAGUGCAGAGUGACAAAGCAUCAGUUACAAUCACCAGUCGCUACGAUGGAGUCGUCCGAAAACUCUACUACGAUGUUGAUUCUAUUGCAAUCGUGGGAAAGCCUCUAGUUGACAUUGAAACUAAUGGAGAACAUGUACCUCUCACUCCAGAGGAGGACGUGAUGGAAACAUCAGCUGUGUCUCAGGAAGAACACACUCACCAGGAAAUUAGAGGCCACAAGACACAGGCAACACCUGCGGUGCGACGCAUUGCCAUGGAGAACAAUAUUAAGCUCAGUGAGGUUGUUGGGACCGGAAAGGACGGGCGCAUUCUAAAAGAAGACAUCCUGAACUUUAUAGCUAGGCAGACGGGAGCUAUCCUACCCCCAACCCCCUUCCAGGAGAUCCAGCCACCUCCUCCUACACCUGCUCCAGCUGCCAAGCUCAAAGAGAAGACGCCACUGAGCAUACCUACGCCUGUUGUCCCAAGGCCUGUGUUUACAGGCAAAGAUCGCACUGAGCCACUCAAAGGUUUUCACAAGGCCAUGGUGAAGACGAUGACAGCAGCUCUGAAGAUCCCACACUUUGGCUAUAAGGAUGAAGUGGACCUGACCCGGUUGGUCCGUUUGCGCUCCGAGCUGAAAGACGUGGCUGAGCCUCGGGGAGUGAAGCUCAGCUACAUGCCAUUCUUCAUCAAGGCAGCAUCACUCGCUCUCCACCAGUUCCCGAUCUUGAAUGCCUCUUUGGAUGAAGCAUGCCAGAAUAUCACAUACAAGGCUGCACACAACAUCGGGCUGGCCAUGGACACACCACAGGGUCUGCUGGUGCCCAACAUAAAGAAUGUACAGAUGCUCAGCGUGUUUGAAAUCGCCACAGAGAUUAAUCGACUGCAGGCUUUGGGUGUAUCUGGGCAGCUUGGCACAACUGACCUUACUGCGGGAACAUUCACACUCUCCAACAUUGGCUCAAUUGGAGGUACUUAUGCAAAACCAGUGAUUCUACCACCUGAGGUUGCAAUAGGUGCUCUUGGGAAAAUACAGGUUUUACCCCGCUUCAACGACAAGGACGAGGUUGUAAAAGCACACAUUAUGUACGUCAGCUGGUCUGCAGAUCACAGAAUCAUCGAUGGGGCAACAAUGUGUCGUUUUUCCAACUUGUGGAGGUUUUAUCUGGAAAACCCGGCUUCCAUGGUGCUUGAUCUGAAGUAGCUCAUCCUGCCUUCAAAACACAUCCAGACACUUACUAGUGUUUAAACCCCGUUGUUGUGAUUAAGUUACUGAAUUAAGCUCCUCUAUCAUGUGACUUCACUUUUCUUUUCCUUUUCUUUUUCUUUCAUGACAUGGAUGGUUGCAAACAUUAAGGACAUCAACACUUUCAAAAAUGUGACUUGAAUGUACAGCUGCUGGUCUCGUGUGAGUCAAUUUUUUCCCCCUGUAAAUGCACACAGCCCUUUAUGUUGUGUGUUGUUCGGGGUGUGAGUGUAUGCAUCCUCCUCUGACUGCCUUGGUUAAAAAAAAAAAAAAAAGAUGUUUUUUUUUUGGUUUUGCCUUUAAUGAACACUACAUCCUUCCUACAAAGGAACUAUUGCACAAAUAACUUCUAAGAGUGUACACUUACAUCCUGGCUGGGAUUAUGGGACAUUUAGCAGUAAAGAAAAUCAUGUAAUUGUCAUUGUCUGAUUUUAAUGAAAUUGUAUUUAAUGAAAAAUAUAAAUUUUUGAAUGGUGUAAGUAGUUUUACAACAAGUAGUCUUUGGGUGUUACAUAGGAAUGCAUGGUUUAUCUGUUACUGUUUGUCUGAAUUUUGAGGGAUAGCAAUUUUAAUAAAUUAAAAUGAUGAAAUGGCAAUUUGCCAAAUCAUUUUAAUUGUA